AUGGCUUCAUCUUUUCUCAGCUUCUCCCUCCUCUUCAUCGCUGUCUACACAGCAGAUGGAUUUCAGAGUUAUUAUGUGGAGUUUUUACCUCUCAGGGAUUUUUUGAAAUUAAAUUUAGACAAAACCACGUUUAAACCGUAUGUCAGGCUGCAGUCUACGACGCCCCCUGCAGGUAAACAUCCUGCCAUGUUGGUCUGCAGUGUCUACGACUUCUACCCCAAACAGAUCAGAGUGAGCUGGACCAGAGACGGACAGGAAGUCACCUCUGAUGUCACUUCCACUGAUGAGAUGGCAGAUGGUGAUUGGUACUACCAGAUCCACUCUCACCUGGAAUACACUCCCAGGUCUGGAGAGAAGAUCUCCUGUGUGGUGGAGCACGCCAGCCUGAAAGAACCUCUGGUUACUGACUGGGAUCCGUCCAUGCCUGAGUCAGAGAGAAACAAGAUAGCCAUUGGAGCCUCAGUACUGAUCCUGGGUCUGAUCUUAUCUCUGGCUGGAUUCAUCUACUACAGGAGGAAGGCCCAAGGUCAGAGCAGGAUCCCCAGUCUGAAACCAGUUUACACCCAGUCUGAAACCAGUUUACACCAGUUUGGACCAGUUUCAUUCCACUUUUAA